AUAAAAAUAUUGCAGGUUCCCCUUUCCAUAGCCCCCCGAAACCCUCCCCUGCCACAUACAACAGGGAGUCUCUCUCUACAAUGGCAGGCUAUGAAACCCACCACCAGAGCCAUCAUCAUCAUCACCAGCAGCAACAAAUCCCUAAAGAAACAGCUUUCCAAGCCAUAAACACCAUAAUCCAGCUCCACUUUGAAAAAACCCUUGAAAAGAAAAGAGCUAUAGACCUCCAAAAGAAAGAACUUCACAAACUCUUCCUUCUCUUCUUCAUCUUUCUUUCUCUCAUUUUCAUGGCUGAAGCUCAACCUAAUCGCCUUCAAUGCCGCCAUUGCUGGGUACCCAUUACUCUCCUCUCUUUAUCACACCUCAUCUUCUAUGUCUCAGUGGCUCAAACCCUUAGGUGCAUCAAUGGAUUCAAGUACCAAAGAAGGUGUCACAAGCUCACUCUUGGUUUAGCUACUGAGAAGUUAAGAGAGUUGAAGACGAGAUUAGCUAGUGGUGGUAGUGACCAGUAUGGCCAUGAGCUAGUUGUUGUUAGUGAUGAGGGUGAACUUGAGAUUCAUUAUCAAGAACCACCUGAGAGUUACUUUGGUAAGUUUAAGAGGAACUGGGCUUUGCAUUUUGGGUUCUUGAUCUUGAUCUACAGCUUCAUGGUAUCUUCUUCCGUUGUUCUUCUUUGUUAUUAGCUAGCUUUCCUGGGUUUGGAAAAGAAGUCUAGGUGCUUAGUUGAAGACCGGUUUCUAGUAGUCUUAGCUUAGUCUGAGGAUGUUGUCCAAGAGACUAGCCUCAACUUUCAAGAAUUUGAUGUAAGAAAGAAUUUGUUUUCAUGUGUGAAAAUGAAAUUCUUGAUUUCAAUGUCAAUCUGGAUCUCCUCUUUAUUUAUAACAAUCUAAUAGUGUAAAAUUCUGGGAAA